AUGAGCAGACUCAAGGGAGCAGGGAUUGCGGCGGAGCUGGCGCCGUCGGCGAGAAGCGCCGCGGGCGAGGCGAGGCGCCUCUUGCGCCAGGCGGAAAGCAUGCAAGCGCGCCGAGCUGCGUACGACUAUUUUUUUCACAGCCCUCCCGCCGCCCUGCCCGGCGUCGACUUGCCCGUUGACUCGUCAACAUCACGCGCCGCCGCGCUGCCGGCGUGGGACUCCUUCAAUCCGCUUUUCUCCGACCGCGAAUGGCGGCUCUACGCCGUAUCCGACGACCCCGGCGGCGGCGGCGGCGGUGGCGGGGAGAGACGCGCCGCGGAGGGCUGUUGGGGGGAAAGACGAGGGGGCGGAGAUGGUCGUUACGGCAAAGAUUUUCGAGAGGACGAGUCGUCUGGAUUCGGGAUGUUCUCUUCGCGCAACGGACGAAGCAGCCCGUCGUUCUUCUCCCCCCCCCGCCGCGUUUUGAGGCGCCUCAAAAGUCGAGAGGAUGAGUCGUCUGGAUUUGGCCUGUUCUCGUCGCGCAAAGGGAGAAGCAGCCCGUCGUUCUUCUCCCCUUCCCGCCGCCAUGACAGCAGCGCGUGCGCGCACCAUGACACUGAGAACCCCCCCAAGCCCUUCUCCCCCCGUCCGCGCCACAGCGCCUCCCCUCCGCGCCACAGCGCCUCCCCCCCACGCCACAGCGCCUCCCCUCCGCGCCACAGCGUUUCCCCUCCGCGCCACAGCGCUUCCCCCUCGCGCCACAGCGCUUCCCCUCCGCGCCACAGCGCUUCCCCCCCGCGCCACAGCGCCUCCCCUCCGCGCCACAGCGCCGGCGCAGCCCAUGGCGUCCCCGCAGAGCCCUACUCCUUUCCCCCUCCGCGCCAAUCCUCUGCCGGAACAGCGAGUGAAGAGUCUUCAUCGACGAUUUUUGAGGCGUCUCAAAAAGAGCCCUACUCCGUCCCCUCUCCGCGCCAAUCCUCCGCCGACACUGCGAGUGAAGAGCCUUUAUCGACGAGCCACAGGGAGGGUGGCAGAGCUAGCAGCAGCUCAGUUGUCUCCACUCUGCAUCGCCGCAGCAGCGGCUCACCACCUCUGCUGUUUGCACAGGGGCACGGGCAGGGGCAGGGGAGAAACGAGGAGAUUUUGUGGGCUCAUUGGGCUCAUUCCCUGGUCCGCUUCCUGUGCUUCGGACGGGGCUAUGGCUGUGCAAGAUGA